CCUGUUCUAGACAAAAUUAGGACAUCAGUGAAGGGGAGACUGACAGAGUUGCUUCUUUGUGGGGCCCAGGUGGAAACACUCCUCUCCUUAAAUAUCUGAGAACAUUGAAAAAGUGCAUAUAAUUAACUGUUUUCUUCUGUCGCCACCACCCUGGGGAAACAAGCCAGCUUGAUCUUUUCUGGGAGGUCCCAGUUUUCUUGUUGCUAGAUAAGCACCUUUAAGGCACAUGUUAAUGGGAUUGUAAUCUUUUAUUACCUGGAGUUUUUACGGAAUGUGGCACAGGAUGGACUCCUCCACAGCAGUUUUCAGAUUUUGUCCUAAUGAGCUUAUCCAACCCAAAAGUGAUAUCUUUUUGAGCCCCAGUGAAUACUGUGGAUCUGUGAUGGAAGAGUCUUAUCCCUGGCAAGCUGUUUGACAGGCAAACCUCUUUGGCCACAUAUUUUUCAGGUGGCCUAGCCUGGCCUUCUGCUUAUUACUUGUUCAAAAGCUAUAUAUGUGUUGCUUUUUCAUAUGCAUUUCAAAAAUGAUUCACUAGCUUUACAAGCAAUAAGACAUCAAUAAAAUAAUGCUAUCUGUAUUGACGAUAAAGAAACAGAAAAGGAACAGCACAGCAACAUAAUCCAUAUGAGGGUAAGAAAGAGAAAGAGGUUUAUUUUCAAAGCCGACUGAAAGUAACAAACAAAAAAGAGUCCCCCCUCCACCCCCAGAAAAUUAGCAGAGAGAGGGUGUGGAGGCCUAGACUUCUUGGGUUUCUGUAAAUAAGCCCCUGUAUUGUAUAGUGUAUUAAUAUUCCCAAACCUCUUCUUGUAAAUAAGCCCUGAUAAAUGAAUUGUGUUAUAUUCCUAAAACCCCUGAAUUAUUGUAAAUAGGAUUUCUGUGCUUGCAAAUCCCCAUGCAUGGAGAAGGUGCAGGGUCAAAAGUUCACAUGUGUUUUUCUAUAGUUUGGCAGUUUAUUUUUGGAGGGAAAAGAGCUUUUUUAAAAAAAAUAUGGAGGGAAUUUUUGUUUGUUCUGAUUGGCUGGGCUGAGAAAACUGUUGGGGGCAAAAAUGUACAUUUGUUGAGAGAAUAUGAGAGAGCAUCUAUAAUAGGGCAAGGGGAGACAGUUGUCUGGGGGCCCACUGCCUUGGGGGGGCCCCCCAGAGGCAAGUCACAUGACUGACUCCCCCGGCCGCACAACCACCCGGGCUUCCUUCAGUUGUAUUCGUCCUCCGAAAUUGAUCAUGUGAGCCGUGGGAAGUUGCCCAACUAGCUCUUCCAGCAACCAAUCAUGGACGCUGAAACUGUACCCCCACAAGAAGCCUCCCUGACUGUCAAUGAGCAGGUGAUUGUGAUGUCAAGUCACGAGACAAUUAGGGUGCUGGAGGUGGGGGUGGAUGCACCACUCCCAGUGGGAAAUGAAGGGAACAAUACUCUGAAAACAACAAUGGCAGCUGGAGGAGAGGCUCCUGUGAGCUGCCCUCCAGAGUCCCAUGAAACAGGACGGGAAGGGGUAGAGCAAAACCCGGAGAAGGCAUGUGGAGAGUCAGGUGGCGAAGCUAAGACAUUGCCGGAUAUAACUCCUGCACCUGUCCCAGGAGUUGUUCCCUUCAGUCAAGUGACAAGCCAGCAAACACAAACUCUAACUCCCAUCACAGUCCAAGCCGCACCACAGGUCUUGACUCAGGAAAACUUAGCAACAGUUGUGACAGGCGUAAUGGUUCCAGCAGGGGCAGUUACUCAACCUCUUCUUAUCCCCAUCAGUAUUGCAGGUCAAGUGGCAGGUCAGCAGGGGCUGGCUGUGUGGACAUUUCCUGCAGCAACGGUCGCUGCCCUCCCAGGACUGACGGCUGCCUCUCCUACUGGGGGAAUUUUCAAAUCACCUAUAGCCAAUUUGCAAGCAGCUGCAGUGCUGAACACAGCCAUACAAGCCCCUUUGCAACCAGCCCAGCCUGUCCAGGCUCAGCCGACAGUCCAGCCACGGCCACCAGUCCCAACACAGACUGUAUUCCAGCCUCAAACCCAGCCAGCCCUUUUGCCACAGACUACCACAGCAUCAACACCCCCUGUCGCCAAGCCAUUGGAAACGCCAGCACAGAUAACGGUUCAGCCAGCUGGAUUUGCCUUUAACCCUGGAAUUAUCAGUGCAGCUUCACUUGGUGCCCAAACUCAACUCCUCAGCUCUUUGGCUGCCACCCCAGUGAUUGCAAACACCAUUCCCAGCGUGCAAGGGAUAACUGGGCAGAUCCUGACCAAUGCGCAGGGACAGGUGAUUGGGACUCUUCCAUGGGUGGUGAACCCAACUGGAAUUGCCACAGCAAACCCGGUCCCUGCUACAUUGCCGGCACAGAAUCUGCAGGUGCAGGCCGUGACGCCACAGUUGCUUCUGAAUGCCCAGGGCCAGGUCAUUGCCACCUUGGCCAGCAGCACCAUCCAGACAGCAGCAGCUGUCCGGAAACCCAGCACCCCAGAGUCUCCAGCAAAGACUGAGGUCCAGCCAAUUCAGCCUGCUCCAACUAUGUCCCAGCCACCAGCUGUGGUCAUCGCAAGCCCCCCACCCCCUGCAGCCAAGCUAGCUUCUGCUCCUGUCCCCAUUACCUGCUCAGAGACCCCGACGGUCAGCCAGCUGGUUUCAAAGCCUCAGCCUCCAAACAGUGGAAGCGAUGAAGAUGGGAUCAACCUGGAGGAAAUCAGAGAGUUUGCCAAGAACUUUAAGAUUCGGCGCCUGUCUCUGGGCCUUACACAAACACAGGUGGGGCAGGCCUUGACUGCUACAGAAGGACCAGCAUACAGCCAAUCUGCUAUAUGCAGGUUUGAAAAGCUUGACAUCACCCCCAAGAGUGCCCAGAAAUUGAAGCCCGUGCUGGAGAAGUGGCUGAGUGAGGCUGAGCUACGGAACCAGGAGGGUCAGCAGAACCUGAUGGAGUUUGUGGGGGGCGAACCCUCCAAAAAGCGCAAACGCCGCACAUCUUUUACGCCGCAGGCCAUCGAGGCCCUCAAUGCCUACUUUGAAAAAAAUGCCCUGCCCACGGGCCAGGAGAUCACAGAGAUCGCCAAGGAGCUCAAUUAUGACCGUGAGGUGGUCCGGGUCUGGUUCUGCAACCGGCGACAGACGCUCAAAAACACCAGCAAACUCAAUGUCUUUCAGAUCCCUUGAAAGCUGGGGCUAGGAUCCAGACCCUCGCCUACCCUACGUUGCUGCUGUGAGCACUUUGUGGCUAAUUUCCCCCUGCACCCUGUCAACCCUUUUACAGUGAUGACCAGGCUGGAGGGCGUGAGAUGGGAUUUCUUCUUGUCUUGCCGUCUCCCAGCCCCUUUUUCCUCACAUGACCCAAUCGUGUACCUGUCAGCCGUGUCCUUCCUCCUGAGUGUCGUACUGGAGCUGUGAGGGGUUUAGAAAUACAUACACAUUUCUUUCUGUGUCAGAUAAAACAUCGUCUGUUUUUUGUUUUUUAGGACUUCCUGUGUGUUUUUGAAAAGGUAGCUUUAGGACCACCAGAAUAGAAUCCACCAGAAAUCCCAGUUGCAUUUCAAGAAGAAAUUUGUGAAACCCUGUUCUGUUUCAGCCUCUUUUCAAGCACACUCUUAUCUCCAUGUGUGGUAACAGGUCCCGUUAACAGCAUAUAACAGAGUAGUGGCAUAAUUUAUAUCUCCUUUUUCUUGUGAAUAUUAUUAUUAUUAUUAUACAGAGCACUAUUAAAUGAAAAGACUUUUUAUUCACGGAAGAAACAUUAUUUUUUAAUCUGCCAGACCUUCAGGUUUGCUGAAGUCCCACAUUGCUGGUUUCCCCCACUUUCCUUUUAAGAGUGACAGCUGAUUUUAGAUUAAUAUCUUCUCUCCAGAGACAUGCUGGAAGAGAAGAGAGCAGGAGGAAUGCACCACUCCUCUGGCCUGUGUUCCUUGGGAAUCUAACGUCAGUGUGGCAGUAGCAGAAAUACUGAGCAGCACCAAGUGUAGAAACCUGUUGUUGAAGCAGCAAGAAGGCUCUGUCUCAGCAGCAAGGACAAGCAGGCCUUUGGAGCACAAGCUUUCCCACACUGGUGUACUUCUGGAUCUAGCAGAUUUGGGGGCUGAGAAACAUCCUGUCCAGAUGAUCCUAACUCAAGGCUUCCUGGAUCUGAAUUAUAUCAGGGGGAUCUGCAGGCAGGGACAGGCUAAGCCUUAGCUGCCAAGUGGUAUUACUAAUUCCCAGUGUCUCUGCAGCAUAAGCACAGAAGCAGUGGCAAUACAAAGAGGCAAGGGGUGUGAGAGAAUGUGUUCUUGGUAGACAGAAUGUCAGAUUCCAUGCAAAAGAGGUUGUAGCUCAGAGGGUAAGGCUGAAUCCCUAAAUUGGGGCUGGCAAAAAAAGAAAAAAUCAGAAUUGUGAAACUGUUCUUAUAUUGGAUUCCACUCCACACCUGUCUCGGCCCUAGGCUUUUUGUCCACUUCUGAAUACCUUCUGCAUUUUAAAGUGGAAGGGAUCAAUUGCACUAUAUAAUACAAGAAUAGUUUUCUUAUAAAUAAAUGAUAGGGCUGACCAAAUAAGACCUUGCAUCACCAAAAGAGUGCCAAAGGAGACCACUUUGGGCCAACUCAUGGAUCAUCUCUUUGUUUGAGCCCAGCUGGUCAUGUGCAACUGUUGUCUCAUGCAUGGGCAAGUGCUUUUUGCACCACCAUCACUACAAACACUUGCAUUUUUAUCACUUCUUAACUUGUGCAAGAAGUCUCUUGCACAUGCACAUUCUCCCAUGGAUGGGGCCAUAGCUCAAUGGAAGAGCAUCGGCUUAGCAUGCAGAGGGUCCCAGGUUCGGUCCCUGCAUCUCAGGCAGGGCUGAGAAAAAUUCCUGCGUGAAGCUCUGUAGAGCUGCUGCCAGUCAGAGCAGACAAUGCUAAGCUAGAUGGUCUGACUCAAUAGACAGCAGCGUCUUAUACUCGUAUGUCCUCUAUCUGCAUGGGACAGUUGCAUAUGGCUAGUAGGGCGUUUAUAUACACAGUGUGGGAACAUCACAUGGCUACUUUGGGCCCCAGUGUUCAUGUGAAUUGACUCCUGAGACACAUACAGAGGCAGAGGAUGUCCUGCAAACAUGCUCCAUUCUUUCUUUGUCCCAGCUUGAGUAGAAGCAAUGAUUGAAGCUGUUUGCGUGUUCAUCACAGUUGCAAGACUGAGUCUAUCAGUUGGUUUGAUGAAUCAGGAUGGUGCCUGCUGCUACAAUUAAGUGCAUCAUUUAAAAACAAAGUGCACUUUUUCCUUCAAAAGUAUAUGUUGUUUCAUGCAUAUGUAAUUGCUUAAUCUGUUAGAAACCAUAUGAUCAAUCAUCUAACAUGUCUGUCAUCUGGGGAUAGCCCUGACACAUCUAUCUUUUUUUUUAAAGAACUUAAAGGCCUGAUCCAUCCUCUCCCACAGUCCCCAUAUAGGAUCCCCAUAGGGCAUUGUUGAGCUGGGCAUGUUGGGAGCCUUGGAGAGGAGCAAGCCUGAUGAGGGAAAGUGGACGGGACAAUGGCUAGGAAUAGCAACUAUGUGAGACUGCAUUUGCAUUGCUCUUGCAUCUUUUAAAAAAGGUGCUUGAUUUUGUACCCCAUAACCAAGAAGUAGAUUGCAAAUAGUCACAGUUCCUGGGGUGUGGGCAAAUGAUGUCACUUCUUUAUGUCACUUCUGUAUGUAAAGGUCCUUAGCAGAUUGCAUGAAACAUAACUGGUAAGAAUGAACCCUAAAGGUGUGUUCAGAGCAAUGCUGUUUGAUUUCCCUCUCUCCCUCACUGGGCCAACAUGUGAUUAACUUUACCAAGUUCCUAAAUAUAUAUACCCUUCCUCUUCCCAAAAUGGUAGGCUCAGGUCUUUGUGCUGCAUUUGAGAAGUUGUACCCAUGUGCCGAAACACCACUUGCUUUGGCACCACUUGGUGCCGAAACGCCAAUACACAACUUGCAAGAAAAUUGAUACAGCUUGAAAAAGAAAGGCAUGGGAGUGGGAUCGUGAGCCAGAAGAAGUAGAAGGCGGCGCGAUUUGUAAAGUAGCCGGGUUUAGUGCAGAUAUGCAAUGUCAUGGUUACUUUAAAAAAAAAGAAAAAGUUCUAGUCAUGGUGAAACGGUGGGGAAAGCAGGAUCAUUGUCUGAAUAUCUGUAUGACCAUGUGAAAAACUGCUGAUCUGGACAGACCCAAAGGCGUUGGCUGAUCCAGCAUCCAGCACAAGUGUAAUACAAGCGGUGCCACUCCAUCGAUGCUGCUGCAGGCUUGCAAUAAAGUGCCAGCAGUCUUGUGCGCUCGCAUUCUGGAAGUGCUAGAUCAUAAGCCUAUUGCUGGCGGUCAAGUGGUGUGUUUCCAAUGCAGUUCUGGAGCGCGUAAGUAUUUGCAAGACCAUGGCUGCUUUACUGCAAGCUCAGAGCAGCAUGGGUGGAUCGGCACCACCCAUGUUGUACUGCGCUGGGUGUCAGCCUGUGAUGUGAAAAUGCGGGGAACGAUGAAUGGGUUAAGUGGCAUGUUACUUGGCAGUUUUGAAGGGGAUGUGUGGCAAUGCACAAUGAGUGUAUUUCCAUCCUUGGAGGUCUGCAUGUGCUAGUGUCCUCUGUUGUAGGCUGGUUCCCUACAGGUGUGGAUCAUGCAUGCCUCAUGGUCAGAAUAGCUUUAUAAUAGUGCCAAAAAGUGCUUGCAUUGCCCAGAUACUCCCCGUGCCAGUUCUCUCUGCUUCCACUUUAAAGCACAAAUGCUGGAUGCCAAGGGCAAGAAGUUGCUGUCUGGACAAGCCACCAGGAUAUAUGCAUGUCAAUGGCUUGAGCCUGCUCCUAACUUGUUUGUUGUAAGAACCGUGCAAAGCUGUAGCUUUUUUCAAUUUGGCCUCAUUCUUAAAAACACACACCAGGAACCUCUUGAUAUUACUAAGUGAACACUUCCACUUAUCUUUUUUGCUCUUAAGAAUUCCACUUGAUCUUAUAACUUGCAUGGUUUUGUUGUAAUUGUUUCCCAUUCGCACUGCUUUCCAGCACUUGGCAAGAUGAAUUCACUACCACAAGAUGUGAUUAUGGCCACCAGCAUAUAUGGCUUUUUAAAACAGAGUAGACAAAUUAAUGGAAAAUAGGCCCAUCUUAACCCAAUAGCUAGGACAGUAGUAUGGAAUUGCCAUACAAGGAGAUCUGUAGACCAAAUGCUGAGAAUGGCCAUCACCUUCCUGCCCUGCCCUGCUUUUGAGCUUCUCAGAGGCAUCAUCUGGCCAUCAGACUAGCUGGGCUUUGGUCUGAUCUUUAUGUAUGUGUUUAUACAGCGAAGGAAGGAGUACGCUGGACGCUAUGUUUGAUAAGGAUACACUGGCCAACUGGAAGACAAAAGUCGUUACUUUGCUAUGCCAGAAUUGUCUGCACUGUCGCUUGAUUCUUCUGGAAUGCUGGGAGUAUUUGAAGGGCGAUGAAAAUGCACUGCUGGAACAACCUCCCCACCAGUGCUGGCUGCAUCAGUAAACUAGAGGUUAAGUAUUGAAUUGCUUUACACUCCCAGCUGGGUCCAGGCUCUUGGGAACCACUAGGCCAGGGGUGGUGAACUUGAGGCUCUCUGGCUGCUGUCAGACGAGAACUCUGAUCAUCCCUGGUUAUUGGCCAUUGUGGCUGAAGGAUGAGGGGAGUUGAGGGCCAACAGCUGUAGAGCCUCAGGGUGACCGUCCCUGCACUAAGCAAUAGACAAUCAGUGGUCCAUGCACAGGGAGGGGGCUCAGAGUGCUCGAAGGAUUAAAGAUGUUUAAAUGUCGUUAGGCAUUCACAGGCGUUGUUAAUGGCCAAUGUCAUUUGGGACAAAAAGUAAUUUCAGUUGCACCAAAGCGCAUAGAUGGACUGGUGGCAGAUCAGCACUUGAAUGUUCCGCCGUUGGUUAGCAGACUCUGAACUCCGACAUCAACCAGUUUUCACAGAUGCCACUUUAAAGUGCUUUUGAGACUCUCCCUCACUGUCGUUGUGCACGUGUGAAGAACCGAGAUGCCGUUUUAAAUGUUCUCACUUCAGGUUUUUAAAUCAGUUGAUGAGCAUGUAGGAAGGCGGGCUUACAAUUGCAUUUCAACUUCCCUUGGUUUUUUGUGUCACCUGUGUGCAGAUGUGUUCUAUCUAAGUGGAUUUUUAGUCCUCCACUCUCCAUUUGCACCUAGAGCUGCACACAUUUGGGAAUGCACCCCCCCCCCGCCUACUUUAACCUCUCCUGCCUCAGUGGAGGAGCCUCUUUGGUAUUUAUUAACUCCUGGGACAGGAGGGAGUCUGCAGCAUGACCAUUUCCAAAAGGGUGGUAGUGGUGAUGGAAAUGGUGGUAGGGCAGGUGAUGCAAAAAGGGGCGUUGUAAACUGUCAGACUGUCACAAGUUUCAUCAUGAUGGGAUUGCGUCCAAGUGUAGUGGCAGUGCACUAUGGGUCAACAUCCAGGACAAGAAAGUAGAGGAGUGGCUUCUCCUGCACUAACUGGAGGGGAUGUUGUGACAUUUAAAGGCGGAAAAGCAUAAUUUGUGAACUGUAAAAAUGUGCAUGAACUGAAGUGGGGGAAGAUUCCUGAGUGCACAUUAAAAGUGCUUGAUAUCAACUUCA